AUGGCAGCGGCGCUCCGAGGACUGGCCAGGGCAGUCCCCUCGACUCUCCUGAGACAACCCAGACGGCGGCUUCUGCCAGUGCAGAGCGUUCGGUGGUGUCUCGGCACGGCUUCAGCGGCGCCAACCGCAAGCACCGCCACCGCUUCGUCGACACAACGAUGGUACUCUGCCAGUAGUGGCGAGGAUGGUGCGGCUCCAGCCAGCUCGAUCUGGAGCUUUGAUGAUGUCAGACAGGUCGUGGAAGCAAGCAAGAAGCCGAGCGAGGGUGAAUCCCAGAAGGUCGUCAUCGUUGAUGUCCGCGAGCCUGAUGAACUCCAUUCGACGGGCAAGAUCCCCGGCGCCAUCAACAUACCCAUCACCUCCGCCGUCCAGAGCUUUCACCUGUCCGAUGACGACUUCCAAGAUAUGUACGGAUUCGAUCGGCCGCCGCGCGAUGCGACGCUACUUUUCUACUGCAAGGCCGGGGUGCGCGCUCGAUCCGCGGCUGCACUGGCCAAGCACGCCGGCUGGAACAAGGUUGGCGAGUACCCGGGAAGCUGGCUCGACUGGGAAUCGCAGGGUGGGCCAGUCGAGAAAGCGUAG